GCCCAUUCAACCAGAUGGGGCUUCAAGGAUUCAAACAUAGCCGGAAAGAAAAUUGAAUGCAUGAUAAAAAUCAACACUCUGGAACUUAUUUACAGCAACGAGGAUCCAGCUACAUAUUUGCACUACAAUGGAACCAGAACAACUCCUGACUUACUCCUGGCUUCAAGCGACAUCAGUGAGCAUACAUGCCGCAACAUAAUUGAAGAUCCUGGUUCUGUUCACAAACCUGUCAUUGCUAGUAUUACCAUCGGCAGCAAAAGCAUGACAAGAGAAGUGUCAACUUAG